UUGCCGUGGCGACGACGGGAAGCCGAGAGGUGGGUCUAUUCAGAGCAGUGCAAACACAAGCAGCUCACCUGUGUGUAAGGCCGGCCCACCAUCGGAAUUUUCCCGACAGUUAACCAGGGUAGGCGACCCGGCAGGUAUAUCACACAGCUCGGUGCGUGUUAGCUGAGGAAGGGUAAGCUACACUACUACAGUACCGUACGGGACGACAUGACGACGACGUGCGGGGCGUACCACCUGGAAGCGCUGAGACGGCAGCAGGUGAUCGACCGGAAACAACUGGCCCUGCAGCGGCUGGCACAGAAGGAGUUUGGGAUGUCCUGGGAUAACCCUUUCAACCCUGACCUCCGACCUGAUGUACUGCUCCAGGACGGCCAACCCUGGUCACCUGACAUGACAGAAUGCCCCAAGCCCUUCUCUCCCGACAUGGGCCGUCCCACCACAGCAGACAUGAUGCCCCAGGGGGGUCCCAUGGAUGGACAGGGGGGUCCCAUGGACGCAGGACCCCCCGCGUUCGGCCCCCCUGGCAGCGGUGGCGGCUGCAACUCGCCCAGCGAGCUAGUCCAACCAGACAGCGGCAUACACUGCGACCCCGGAGCGCCGAGGUUCAUCGAUGUUCCGAAAAGCGGGCGGAUCGGUGGCGGAAGUCGGCUCGGGACACCCCCCUCGAGGGCAGGGACCGCGGCGCCGUUCAGCCCGAGGGUGGAGAGCGGGACGGGGUCAGCGGUGCCCUUCAGUCCCGUGAUGGAGGACGGAGAAAUGGGAGGGAGGGCGGAUUCGCAGAUGAGCGGCAUGAGCGAACCGGUCGUACCGCCAGACCUACAACAGGCUGCCAGGGCAGCAGGAGCUGCUGAGGAGCAGGCGCGCAGUGCUGAGCACGCAGCUCGGCUGGAGCGUCAGCGCCGGGAACGCAUCGAAGCGAAACACCGCGCCCAGCAGGAGCACCUCGCGGCCCUGAGCGGCGGCGAGAAACGGAAAUCUCACAAGAAGGAUCGCCGAACCGACCACCUGACCCGCCAAGUCCUGUCUCUCACCCCCACCGACCAGAAACGACUCUACAGCGUUCUCAAAGAGGAAAUGUCCAAAUCUGCCGGGGCCAAACCGCAUGCCCACAAAAACUACAGGACGACCCAGGACCGCACCGCUGGCGUUCACCCUGCCGUCAUUCAUGAUCUGAAGAAGAAGGAAAAACUCCUGCGAAACAACAACCUCACCAUGGGGCACUGGUCCGACUAUGUCGACUAACUCUAGCAACAUUCAACUACUGCUUCUGCAACUUGUCUACAACUGCUUCUGCAACAUGUCAACUACUACUACUUCUGCUCUGCUUACGUAAUUACAUUGUGGUCACAUGUACUGUAGGACAUCACAUAUUCAUAUGAUUUCGCUGUGGUAGUAUUUGUGGCAAAGAACAAACCUCUGACAACAAUCUCACCAUGGGACACUGGUCUGACUAUGUUGACUAACUCUUACAUAACACAGCAACAUGUCUACUACUGCUUCUGCUCUGCUAAUGGUGUGGUCACAUUUUACUGUAGGAUGCCAUACUAUUCUCAUGUGGUAGUACAAAUUUUUUUCUCAGAAAUUUUCAAGGAGGCUGUGACAUGACAAACCUGUGACAAGAAUCCCAGCCAGUCUUCUGCAAACAUGAAUUUUUUUGACACAUGUAUGACUAUCCAAAGAAAUUUCCAUUUGUCAUUGUAUGAUGAUCCUACAAUGUAUGUGACUGAACCUUUACAAACUGCGUGACUUCUGCUGACACAGUAAUGCUAUCUUUUUGUACUUACCCUUCUGUCUGAAAUAUAAUUCUCAAAUAUAACUCUGAAAGUAUCACUUGUAAUAAGCAAAGGAAAAAAAAAAACAUUUUCAGUAAGCUACCAAUGGGUACACAUUAGACAAGCUGUAUACAAAUUAUGAACAUUGAUUGUUACAACGACACUGAAAGAAAACUAAGUUCUGGAAUGACUGUAUUCACAAAGCCCACUCUUUCAUCAACCAUGUGUUAGCUAUCCCGAUUCUGAUAAUCUUUAUACUGUAUGUGAGUGGAAAAAUCACAGAAAACAACAGUGAAAUGUGACAUUUAUGAUUGUUUUUCUUCUUGAAUCUUGGGUGUGGGAUAGAACCUCUUGUUGCCUAUAUGCUGCUAAUCUGUAUAUACAUGUAGGAUGUGGUGUUCUCCAAUCAUGUUUGGAUUUCACGUACAUAGUCUAGAGAGGGAAUGAAGUUUUAAGGGCUAUGAAGUAUUCUGUACAUAGUUUGAAUGGAGGUUGGCUACUUAAUGUUGUUACAGAAAACUGAACAUGUUGAAAAAGAUGAAUUAAACAUUUUAGCUCACAUGUGCAAGAGCUCAUAUAUAAAGAAAACUUGAGGAAGUUACGUUCUUACUCUGUUUUUCAACAUUAGGUGGCUAGCCUCUAGUUUAAAGUAAGACUGAGUAAAAUGGCAUUGUUUAGGACUUAGGAAACAAGCAUGUUUUUGUUGCCAAGACCAUAUCAAUGUCUGUUACAAGUAAGAGUAAGGAUAAGUAAGUGAUGGCAUUCAAUGUGCCUUCAACUGACCAAGAAUCUAUGCACUAAAGUUCUUGUGUACAUUUGUAGUAAAAAUUGUGAUGUAGAGUAGAGGAUACUGUUGUUACUGUUUUCAGGAUGUCCGACACAUACAGAUGUGGUUUUGUCUCAUCUUCUUCUCUUACUCUUUUCUCACUAGUGGUUCAAUAAAAGCGCACCUGGUUGUGACAAA